CCCUAGAGCUACCGAAAAAACCCUAGAGAGAACACAGUCUCUCUUCCGUGUCAUCUUGCUUUGUUCCUCUACAUUCCGGGGAUUCGCCAUUUCUUUGUUGCCGUCCUAAUUGGUUUGAUUAUCAUCUUGAUAAGUGAUUUCGGAUUACCCUUUUCGAGAUGGGUGCCAAAGUCAAGCAUUUAGAUGCUGAAACAAUGGAUGGGAUUGAGGAAAUAGAAGGUGGUAAGAGGAAAAAGGUACCGAAAUCGAAGAAAGAGGAAGCCAAAGAGCACAAGGAGCAGCUGCAGAGGCUACAACAAAAGCACCCAGAUUUUUAUGAGUUCUUGCAAGAGGCUGAUCCUGAGCUACUGGGAUUUAAUGACGACGAGAUUGAGGAUGAUGAUGAUGAUGCCGAUGACUUGGAAGAUGCUGAAAUGCAAGAUGAGGAUGAAACCCCUGAGCUUGAUAUUGCAAAAGAAGGAAAGGAAUCAGCUCGAAAAACGAUUACAGUGGCAAUGGUUGAUUCAUGGUGUAAUUUAAUCCGAGAAGAAUCGAGACUAAGUGCAGUGCGUUCGAUGUUGAGAGCUUACAGAACUACCUGUCACUAUGGUGAUGAUACCGGGGAUGAUUCAUCUACGAAGUUUAGCAUCAUGUCAAGCGCUGUUUUUAAUAAGAUAAUGAUAUUCGUUCUCAGUGAAAUGGAUGGAAUUCUUCGUAAAUUAUUGAAGCUUCCAGCAACUGGAGGGAAGAAAGAGACGAUACUGGAUCUGACUACCACAAGGCCUUGGAAGAACUAUAACCACCUGGUCAAAUCAUAUCUGGGGAAUUCACUACAUGUUCUGAACCAAAUGACUGACACCGAAAUGAUAUCAUUCACUCUGCGGCGCCUAAAGUACUCGUCUGUGUUUUUAGCUGCUUUUCCAAGCCUCCUAAGGAAAUAUAUUAAGGUUGCACUUCACUUUUGGGGGACUGGUACUGGGCCGCUCCCUGUUGUUUCAUUGCUAUUCCUGAGAGAUUUGUGUGUACGCCUUGGAUCAGACUGUGUGGAUGAUUGCGUCAAGGGCAUGUACAAAGCUUAUGUGUUGAAUUGCCACUUUGUGAAUGCUGUAAAGUUGCAGCAUAUCCAAUUUCUCAGCAAUUGUGUCAUUGAGCUUCUUGGGGUGGAUCCAUCUGCUGCAUAUCAGCAUGCGUUUGUCUUCAUACGGCAAUUGGCAAUGAUUUUGCGGGAAGCACUUAAUAUGAAAACAAAAGAAGCAUUUCGGAAAGUUUAUGAAUGGAAGUACGUAAAUUGCCUUGAGCUCUGGACUGGGGCUGUUUGUGCCAGCAGCUUACAGUCAGAACUCAGACCAGUUGCUUAUCCGCUAGCCCAGGUAAUAUCCGGUGUGGCUCGACUUGUUCCCACUGCUCGGUACUUUCCCCUUAGACUGAGAUGUGUUAGAAUGCUCAACCGGAUUGCUGCUUCUACUGGGACUUUUAUCCCUGUCUCAAUGCUUCUCUUGGACAUGCUGGAGAUGAAAGAGUUGAAUAGACCUCCCACCGGUGGUGUUGGAAAAUCUGUUGAUAUACGCACUAUGCUGAAGGUAAGUAAGCCUACAGUGAAGACACGAGCAUUUCAGGAGGCAUGUGUUUAUUCCGUGGUGGAGGAGCUUGCUGAGCAUUUAGCUCAGUGGAGUUAUUCUGUAGCUUUCUUUGAGCUGUCUUUUAUUCCGACAGUUAGGUUACGUAGCUUCUGCAAAGCUACUAAAGCAGAGAGGUUCCGGAAAGAAAUGAGGCAACUUAUCCGUCAGAUUGAGGCCAACUCAGAGAUCGUGAACAAAAAGCGAGCAUCGGUUGAUUUUCUGCCAAAUGAUCCGGCAAAUGCAUCAUUUCUCGAGGAUGAGAAGAAGUCAGGCACAAGCCCUCUAUCGCAAUUUGCAAAGGUUCUCCACCAAAGAGCACAACAAAGGACCGAAUCAUUGGUGGAAUCAGAUGUUCUUGUGGGAGAGAGCAGGUCUGUCUUCGGGAAGAACAUAUCAACGAGCGAUGACGAAGAUGACAAGGAUAGGAAUGAGAAAGGUGCUGCGGUUUUCAGUUCAUCCUGGUUACCAGGAAAAGGCUCUAAAGAAAAAACUCCGAAAGAAGAGAAGAACAAGAAAAGAAAGAGGAACAAGAAGGGAAAAACAGAGGCGGGCGGAGAAGAUGAUGUUGUGGAGGAUCUGGUGCUGAGUUCAGAUGAGGAAGAUAACGAGUUUUCAGAUAAUUCGUUUUCUGCAAGCGAAGAAGAUGACGAAGUUGCAGUGAAGAAAGACCGUAAAAAAACCAAGAAUUCGACGGUACCUGAAGGUAGAAAUAUCAAGGAACAGAGAAUCAAUAAGAAAUCGAAGAACAGUGGAAGAAAACCUCGGGCUCAGACCAAGAACUUGAAGAAGAGGCGUCGAGCUUGAUUAUUAAGUUCAUAAGGGUUAGUUAUUGCAAGAACCAGAGAUCCUCCAGUUGUGGCCUGUUGAGGUUUACUUUUGAUUGUAUGAAAUACUUUUGGCUGUUAUAUUAUUUCACAAUUUUCAUGGUCA